AGUUGAACUUUGGAAUGUCGAGUCUCGGUGAAAUCGCUUCAAGGCUUCCAACAUCCAAGUCUGACGAGGACAAAAGUAAGAGGAGUACUCUCUUCAAGCAAUUUGAUCCCAAUGGAAACGGCUAUCUCUCGCUUGCUGAGAUUGACAAAGGGCUCCGCGAGUCUUUCGGGCUCGACGCUCUUUACAACUGCAAGCCUGCCAUCAUGCGGGCAUUUCAAGCUUCUAAGGGAUUGAAGAAGGGCAAGGGAGGUCGUGAAGACGAUUACGUCUCGCGUGUCGAAUUCCGCAUGCUCUUGGUGUACCUGAAGCAGUACUUCGAGCUGUUUCAGAUUUUUGCCAGCAUGGAUCAAGGACAAGAUAGGAGAGUCGAUCUCAACGAAUUCAAGGCUGCGACGCCACAGCUGAUUUCUUGGGGGAUGGAAAUUCAGGACCCGGUGAAAACAUUUCAUGAGAUUGAUUCAAAUGGCGGCGGGCAAAUCUUGUUCGAUGAGUUCUGUGAUUGGGCUAUUCGCAAGAAUCUGCUUGACCAUGUGCAUGAUAACGACGAUUGAACAACCAGUGAACGAAGGUCGGAGCCCGCCGCCGGAGUCCGAACGGCCCGAUCAGGGCCCGGAGCUCAGCCGCGUCACUGCGAGUCACGGAACUUCGGAAGCGGCGCGCAGCCGCCCG